AUGAAUAAACCACAAAGUAUUAACUUUGAAGCACUUGAUGAUAACUGUCCUCCAGAACAAUUACCAGAGUCAUGGAAAAUUAUAUUAAGAGAAGCUGGUGUUAAAAAGAAAGACCUUCAAAAUCCAGAAACAAGAAAGAAAGUAUAUGCUUAUAUGAGACAAUCAGUUUAUGUUAAAAAAACUCAAGAAGAAUUAGAUAAACAGAAAGUCUCUGCUCAUGAUGUUAGAAGGAUGUCUGUUUCUGUAAAACAGAGAUAUAAAGUCAUAGAAGGAAAACAAAGAACACAACCCAACUUUGUUUCUGCUAAACCACAAACUGAUGUUAAACAAAGUUCUUUCUUAAGUACAAGACAACCACAUAUGAAAUCACCAAACACUACUCCUCAACACCAAACACAAUCACCUUCUGUGACUUCAACAAAAACAACACAAGCUUUGUUUCAGAAAACUUCUACUUCUCCAUCAAUAAAAUUUGGUCAAACACCAACUAAACAACAAACUAAUGUAGAAAAUUCUCCUACCAGAAUAAAAACUCCAGAAAAACCAACACUUACCAACUCAAAAAGUCCUGAGUCCCAACAACCAAUAACACCUAAACCUACUGGUUAUGGUUCUAAAACUCCUUCGUCUUUAACAACACAACCUAAAUUACAAACAAAAUCUAAUAGUAUGUUUUCGAAAAAAUCAGUUAAACCAGCAACUACAUCUAGUACAACAAAUAAACCUUCUAGUACAUCAACACCUACUGUUAGUACACCUUCUAGUAAUAAUGUGUCAUCAACUCAAAAAUCACAAAAUUCAUCAUCAUUUGCUCCUCAUGCUUUUGGUUCAAAAGUUGAUACGUCUGCAAAGUCAGGAUCAGUUAAUAAUCCCACUCACUUUGUUUCUAGUCCUCAACCACAACCUAUUACAAAGAAAUCAUUUACAACGCCAUCUUCUUCAACUCUUAAACAAACAACUCCAUCACAACCACAAAGCUCUUCAAUUAACUCAUUUAAUAAAUCAAGUGUAGUUAAACAAACUACUACUUCCUCAGUUAAUACUAGUAAACCACUAACAUCUAAAUCACCUACAUCAUCUUUGAAUGAAAAUAAAGUAUCAACAGGUUCUCACAUCAACUCUACUAUAUCAUCUCCAAUUAAACAAACACAACCAACAACAUCACAAACUCUUCAAACGAGAAAACAAUCACUAUCAUCUUCUCAUCAAAUAAGUGCUGAACAAAUGAAACAACCGUUAUUUAAAACAUCAACUAAUACUCAAAAACAGCAACCAAGUAUUUCUAAACAGGAAUCUUUUUCUUCACAACGAGUUGCUAAAUCACCAGAGCCAGCCUUGAAAGAUGUGUCUCAAAAUGUUUCUAAAUCCACUGAACCUGCUAAAACAAAUACUACAGUUAAAGGAAUACAAAAACAAUGUAAUAGUCCUGUUAAAGAAACAGAAUCAUCUACCGUACAAGAAACUAUUAAAUCACCAAAAACUCAACAACCUAACAUUGAAAAACCUAUAGUGUCUAAGCACCAAUCUACUGCUAGCCAACCUAAAUUAUUGGUAAAUCUUAAAUCAUCACCUACAAGCUCAUCUCCAUCAAAUACAAAUAGUAGUGAAAAAGAAAAAGUUGAUUUAUCUAAAAUGUCAUUUGUCCAAAGACAACGAUAUUUGAGAGAGCAGCAAGACUUAGAAGCACAAAAAACUUCUGUAACACGUAAUGCUGUUAAGCCAACUCCUUCAUUCAAAAAGUCUGCAACACAAAGCAGCAUUAUUGAAGAAAAACAAAAGGAAGGCAUGAAACAAGAAACUAACCAACAAACUGAAGAAGUUGAUUUGUCUAAAAUGACAUUUGUCCAACGACAACGCUGGGAAAGAGAACAACAAGAUAAGAGAGCAGAACAAACAACCGCAAAAUCACAUGGAUAUGAAGCAAAGUUUGCUAAACAAACAUCAACUCCUAAAGACAUUGUUUAUCAAGACAGCCAUGAAGAUAUAAAUGGUGCUAACAAAGAACUACAACAGGGUAACGAAGAAGACCAAUGUGUCAAACCUUCUAGUAUGGGACUCAAGUCAAGUGCUGCUCAAAUUGUGGCUCAAAGGAAAAAAUUACCAAAGAGUGGAAAGAACAAUACUUUAACAGGAUCAGCAUCACUUAAUGCUUAUAUCCAAAGACAAGAACAAUACAAACAAGAUGAAAUUGAAAGAGAAAAAAUACGUAUGGAAAUGCAAAGAAAACGUGAAGAAAUUCAAAGAAAACAAGACGAAAUUAGAAAGAUGAGAGAAGAAACUGAAAAACAACAUAAGAAAGGAGAAGAAAGAUUAAAACAAGAAGAAGAACGAUUCAAGAAAGAAGAGGAAGAAAGAAAGAAAAAGGAAGAAGAACGUUUACGACAAGAAGAAGAAGAGAACAAAAGAAUUAAAGAAGAAAGACAACGUAAAGAAGAGGAAUUGAGAAAAAAGAAAGCUGAAGAAGAACGAAAGAGAAAAUUAGAAGAAGAAGCACAGAAAAGUAGAAGAAGAGUUAAAGAAGAAAGAAGAGGAAGAAAGAAAAAGAAAAGAAGCUAUUGA